AUUCUUUCUACCUAGCCCGGUGUCAUGGCGUCCUCCUGUUCGCAGGCGCUCAGGCAUCAUGUAUAUAAAAGCAGCAGAAUAUUUCAUAUGAAUCUGCAUAAACCAUGGACUAGCAGGUCUUUUGGUGUGAGUUCUGCUGCAUAUCAACUACCUGCAGCUUCAUCAUCAGAAGAAAUUGUCAUUCCAAAGAAGAAAACAUGGAGUGAGGUGGCUGUCUUACAGGCACUUGCAUCCACUGUGAACAAGGAUCCUACAGCAUCACAUUACAGAUUCCAGGAUGACCCAUUCCUCAUCCCAAGAACAUCAGGAGAGUUUAAAUUAUUUUCCUUGUCCCAAGAAUCGGGCAGAAAUGCUGCAAAAUAUUUCAUCAAUAAAUAUCCAAAGUACUUCCAGAAAAACUACGCAGAACCUCAUAUUCCUUGUUUGAUGCCAGAAACUCUUGAGGCUCAGAUAGAGGAGGUAUCUGAAGCUGCUCUCAUAGAGAGAAUUCAACUGAGGAAAGUCAAAGCUGCCGUGGAUCUAUAUGACCAACUGCUGCAGGCUGGUACCUCUGUGUCAUCGGAUGUGACCAAUGAGCUGUUAGAUCUGAUUUGUUUCUAUGGAGACCAUGAUCCUGUACAAGAAAACAAUCCAGAACAGAGGACGGAUGACACGGAGGACGUACAGGAUGAAUUGCAGAGUAAAAAAGGAAGACCACCCAAAGCCUCCGAUUUACUGAGGACCGCAUGGAAAGAGAAUAAUAAUGCAGAGAGAAUAUUUGCAUUACUGUCGGAGCCAAACACUCGUUCAUACAGCGCUCUGAUCAGAGGAAUGGUGAAGCAUGGUGCCUACUCCAAAGCAUUCAGCACCUACACUGACCUGCUGAACAACCGACUGACAGCUGAUGUCCACACCUUCAAUGCUCUGAUCACAGCCGCCCCAGAAGUACAAGAGAAAUACAACGAGAAAUGGGAGCUGAUAGUGGAUCUUCUGAAGCAGAUGUCAGAGCAGAAGGUGAAGCCAAACCUCCUGACGCUUAACGCUGUCCUAAAGGCUUUGAGACGCUGUGGAGCUCUAGGAAAAUCACAGGCCUUCCCUGUUAUCUGUGAGAUGAAAGCAAUGUCCAUCGAUCCCAGUUUGGCAUCUUACAAUCACGUGCUGUGCAUCUUUUAUAAAACAGGUGCCCCAGUUCAUGGUCAAACAGACAUUCUACAGGAAGUGAUGAAUGAAGUUUCAGGAAGGAGUUUUGUCCCACAAGAUCCUGAUGAUGCGCAGUUCUUCAUUACUGCAAUGAGAACUUGUCUGGACACUAAAGACAUUGAGCAGGCCUACAGAGUGCAUGAGCUGCUGGGUGUCGGAGAGAAUUGGAGACUGCUGGGAGAUGCUUUCCAUCAGAGCAUCUACUAUGCACGGUUCUUCAGUCUUCUGUGUAUGAUGGAGAAUAUUGAUGUAGUUCUGAAGUGGUACAGAGAUCUUAUUCCUUCGGUGUACUAUCCCAAUUCUAAUGUCAUGAGAGAUUUACUUCAAGCACUUGAUGCUGACAACAGAUUAGACCUCAUCCCACAGAUAUGGAAAGAUAUAAAGCAGUUGGGCCAUGCUAACAGACAGUUUCUGGUAGAGGAGAUGCUGACAUUAAUGGCAAGAGAGCAGCAAAAUCAAGAGGUGCAGGAGUCAUUUGCUCGGUGUGUGCUGGAUGUGAAGAAACAGUACGAAAUGGGCGACCGUGGCAAAGUUACGCUGAGCUGGACGGCAACUUCGCUCAGUGACAUCAUUUCCAUUCUGCUAGCAGCCCAAAGGAGACAGGAAGCCUGGGAUAUGCUGAAGCUAUUCAAAACCAACAACAAAGUUCCAAGUGAGGAGCUGUUGAAUAAGUUCUUGACAUCCAUAAAGGAGAUCAGUGAUGUGAAUAAAGCAGUUGAACUAGUCCAGAUCUCAGCCGGCUUCUGUCUGCCAGAAACCCAAAAACUCAUUGAGCGGGUCCGGAAAGACUUUGAGCUCUCAGAGCAGCAGACGAAAUUCUUGUCUGAUCUGGAAAUACAGACCUAUAACAGCGAUUGACUGGCUGCUGAGAGAUGUACUGCUGCGUGAAUGAAUGUGCUGUGUACAUGGCAUCUACAUGAUUCUUCUGUACUUAUGUGUCAUAUCACAUGCUACACAUUUUACUCAACAUGGUCAAUAUUUGUACUUUCAAACCCGUUUUCCCUCAUUUCCUGUUGUAUUCUUGGUCGUCAGACCAGUUUCACAGUGUCUGCUGUUUUGUUCCUCAAAUAAAGCUCUUUACGCUGCUCA